UCUCUCGACCGCGAGACGCUCGGACGCGUCGCGUUUUAGUCGCUGUAGCUACGCGCUAGGCAAGACAAGCAGUAUGGCGGAAGAAGAGAGUGAAUUUGAGUUAGAAGGUUUUAAAAAAGAAUUGAAUAGUUUAUUUAUCAGUAGUUCAAGUGAAGAAUACGGACUUCAAAGCAAGUUAUAUUGUGUACGGUUCUGUAAGUUGGUGGAGGUGUAUUCAGGACGAUGGCAGGUACCCUUGCCACAGCUGCAGGUGCUCCAGACUGCUCUAUGUUCCUUUGUCCAAGCCUCGGCCUGCUUCCCGUCUGACUGUGAACAUGUAUGCUACACACUGAGUAGCCUUGCCCUGAGUGCUUUUGAGCUCUUGCUGUUUUUGAACAGAAAUAAGAUCCUGCAGGAUCCCUUGAAAACAAUCCUUGAUUCGUUCCAGGAAUGUUUUUCCCAGCUGGAGAGACACCAGAACAUCCACCUGCUGCAGGUGGGACAGAUCAUCAGAGAGAAGGGACCGUGGACCAACCCCAUACUGCAGGCCAUCCUGAAGGACUCACAACUGCCCCGGGAUGAAGUGGACCGGUACCUAAGCUCAGAGGUGCCAGUGUUCUUUGAGCUGCGUGUUCGUUACCUGCUGUCCAGUGAGAUGUUCACCGAGGCGGUGGUCUUGGCUAAGACCUGCUCUCAGCACCCCGUUGCCGGGCGACACCUGUUCUUCCGACAGGCCUACCUCACCUGUCUGUUGAAGGCGUCGCUCCCUCGCCAUAUGCACGAAGAGAUGUCUGACAUUGACGGUAAGGACGCUGUGGAUAUCGUGUGUAACACAGAGAGUGAGGAGAGCGACGAGACGCUCCUGGCCCUCUGCACAGCCUUCCUCUCUCAGCAGCUACACCGGGGAGACAUGUACUGCAUGUGGGAUUUGGUGUUCAUAUGGAGUCGACUCCGCCUGCGGGUCAACCCCUCCAAACAGGCCUUCCUGGAAGAGAGUCAUCGGUUGCUGCUGUCUGCCACCAACAUCAGAUCCAUAUUCUCUUUCAUUAGAGUGAUCCUUGCAGAGCUGGGAAAGGAUGGUCUCCAGUUCUGUGUGGAGCUCUGCACCCACGCCCUCCAGACGAACCCCUGCGACGCCGCCACCAAGUCCCUCGUCUACAAGACGGUAGCCUACCUCCUCCCCAACGACCUGGAGGUCUGCCGGGCCUGCGCCCUCCUCGUCUUCUUCCUGGAACGCACCGUGGAGGCCUACAAAACGGUGUUCCUCCUCUACACGCACCCCGACCAGGAGUACCACGUCGAAGCCGGUCCCAUCGGGAACCACAUCCGCUUUGAGAUCCUCCAGACCCUGAAGAGAGGUCUCUACUUCGAUCCAGAGUUCUGGAACCUUUUGAAUCUCCGGACCAACUGCCUGAAGCUGAUGAGCGAGAAGAAGGCGGCGUUGGCGAGGAUGAUGAUGGAGGAGGAGGAUGAUGGGUGGGUGUCCAACUACUGCAGCACCGCCACCAAAGAGCCCUGUUGCAGCUGGAGCGCUGACCUGUCGGAGCGUGUGCAGCCUAAACAUGUAGAGACUAAACCGGUACAGAAACACGUUCAGAUUAAACCCUUUCAUCAGGUAACAGCGCCCAAAAGGCGGUUCCAAAAAGAAGAGAAGAAUCACGUUUCGACGGCGCCGGUGGCAGCCAAACGUGUCAAAGCUCAAAGGUUGGAAAAAAACUCUGUUGUCGAGUCGCAGCGGCUGCCUGUUAAUCAUGUGACGCCGGCGAUGGCGAAGACUGAGAAGCUGGCUGAACCCCCUGUUGGCGAGGAACAACCUGUUAUAAAAAGAAGAGGGAGGAAGCCUGGGCCGAAGCCGGGACCGCGGUCAUCCGUCAAAACAACAGAGCCCCCAGUCGAGACCACCUCUGUCAGACGGUCCUUCAGACAACUGGACAUGGCGCAGGAGAACCUGGCCAGGCAAGUCGGUCACAGACCACAUAGGCACAUGACCAGACUCUCGGAGAAGAAACCUCCUAAACGGAGGGGUAGGAAACCCCGGUGGCUCCUGGAGGGUACGUUCCAGGCUGAGAACAGUGCUCCCCGGAAGGGUCGCCGACCGGGGAGGAAACCUACACAGCAGAAGACCCAGCAGACACCAGUGGACAAGACCAAUAAGACCUCUCGGUCUGGUGCCACUGUCAAGGAAAGCACAACCAAACAAAAGAAUGCUGUGACCUCACAAAAUAAAAUGGCGGCCGCUCGUCUAACAGCUUCGAGGGAACAGGAAGGUAAACGUCAGAAGGAGAUUCCCGCUACUAACCACCUACCAGUAGUAUCUCCUGCUCAUGACUCAAAGCUGGAGGUCUCCCUACCUGACAAUGAAGUAUUUGGGUUCUUCCAUGAGGAUUAUCUCAGUAGGCAAGGACUGGUGACUCUAAACUGUGAUAAAUCUAAGGCACCAAUCCAGGCACAGUAUCGGGUGAAGGACAGACUCGGAGAGGUGUUUCUCCUUUCCGCUCAGAACGCCAGUCUCUUCAUAGAGCAGUUGCACAACUACGCCCAGACGCCUAAGGCGGAAGGUGUCACGUUGAACACCGAAACCUGUUUGUUGAAAGCGACAGAUGUCCGUCCCUCCCUGAACCAAAGUUGUCUGCCGGUGCCGUGUGACGCUUCAAGGGUAUUUUACCAGACGUCUGCAGUGGAAAUGGAAGUUGAGGUCUACUCACAAACUGUCACUGCUACAGACAUGACUUUCACACCACAAGGUGGCGCUGUCGAACACAUCGCAAGUCCCAAGGAGGACGGAUUCUCUACCGAUGCUCAGCAAACAUGUAUUCCAUCUGUUCUCUCAGUGAAUGUAAUUGUUCCUAAUAACACAAGAAGAACAAAUACAUAUGUAACUAAUGUUCCAAGAGAACCAACGGAAGUUACGAAUAUUCCAAAAAAGCGAACCGCUUCUGAAGUCGGGGAGAUUCUAGAAUCGUCCAGGAAGUCCGAAGUUACCGACAUUCUGAAAGAGGCUAUGGAUAUAGCGAACAUUGGUGUGGAUGAAGCAAUGGUGGGGGACACUGGCAGCGUCCCUGGAAAGGAAACUCGGGAGCUAGUUGUUCUUACUCCUUUCUGCUGGCUGGCUAAUACCUCAAUGGAUGCGUUUGCUAGAGAGUUUGAAAAGUUUGCCAAGGCUCCGGAUUCUGACGUUGUCGCAAAGCAGCAGUCGGUGACACCACAGACCACAGAUGGUGUCUCGCGCGAAACGUUUGAGACGACAUCGUCAACGGUGACACCACAGUCUCCAAAAGUCAUCACUACGGCCGUCACAGACCCAGUGGUCCUUGAGGACACUUCGAAAAUAACCAAAGUCACCCCACAGGACACUACAGACAUCCAGGAAAACAUGGACACUAGACACACCCAACUGGACAUUAAAGCUACCUCACAAAACGCGGAGCCGGAGGAUAUCCCAAUGGCCGCUGAGAGCUUCCCACGGCUCACUGAUGAGACCCGGCAGCUUGAGCACCCUGUGGACUCGACACAGGACAAUGACACCCCUCAGUUCACUGAAGACCCCCCACAGAAUACACAGGACAUAAGACUACUCGCAGAGGACACCCUGAAAGUCACUUUCACCGAGGUCACCCCACAGGCUACUGAGGACCGCACAAAAGCCACCGUGGAUACUCCAGAGGCUGUGGACACACUACCACAGAACAUAGAGGAGGACAGCUCGGAGGGAAUUGAGGAUAGCCGGGAAGUUACUGUAGACAGCCGGGAAGUUACUGUAGACAGCCAGGAAGUUACUGUAGACAGCCAGGAAGUUACUGUAGACAGCCAGGAAGUCACUGUAGACAGCCAGGAAGUCACUGUAGACAGCCAGGAAGUCACUGUAGACAGCCAGGAAGUCACUGUAGAUACCUCUGAGCACAUUGAGGACGCCCUACAAAUACAAAACACUGCAGACACCCUACAGCUCACAGUGGAUGCCCCAAUGGUCUCUGAAGAGUUCACCAAGGACACACGUGGUGCCACACGGAACAAUGGGGACACGCCACAGCUCCAUGAGGACACACCGGUCACUGAGGACACACUAAGAGUCCCCGAAGAGACGUCACAGGAACCCAAAGACCCCUCAAAGGUCAGCAGAGAUACCCCGAUGGUCUCUGAGGACACACUAAGAGUCCCUGAAGAGACGUCACAGGAACCCAAAGACCCCUCAAAAGUCACUGAAAACUCUCCACAGAAAACACAGGACACCCCAAAAUUCACAAAGGACAACCCAACUGUCUCUGGGGAUAUCGGACAAACUCCUGGAGAUGGCUCCCCACAGGAAAAUGAGAACAGCCCACUGGCAUAUCGCUGUAGUCUCUGCAACAAGGUUUUCAAAGGCAAACGUGUUAUAGCCCACGCCAUGUACCACUUCCGCAGGGACCAAUGUAUGUUCUGUAGGAUGCUGUUCAAAAACGACCUGCUCGCUAUGAUGCAUCUGUCCCAACACAUCGACAAGUUGAAAAAAGGAAACCUACCACCUGAUAUUGAGGAGGUCCGUGAGAACUGUAAAGCUGGGAUGUCAGACACGCCUGGACGCUCAACGCAGAGGGGGAGACGGGGACGCAAGAGGAUCCCUGUAAACUCCACCGAGUCAACACCUCCGGAUUACAGGAAGCUACGGUCGACCAAUAGGAUCUCCUCUAUAAACUCCUCGGAGUCAACUCCACCGGAUCGCAGGAAGCUACGGUCUAACCCUAAUCUACUGUCGACCAAUAAGCUAUCAACUGACUCUCAACCUUCACCAGAUACUAAACUUGCAACAGAAGAGUCUGAAGGCAAGCAGUCGACACAGAGGGUCAAUGGACAGAGGGGCAGAAGACGAGUUAAGGUUGAAGGAACUGAGGGUGAUGGUGAUACUCAGGCAGAGGAACAAGAAAAGAUCAGUAGGAGGCAAGAGGAGGAGCACUCGGCUCUGGAACAGAGGGAGGAACCCGUGGAGAUCGCUACUUCUCUGGUGAAGACAUCGACAGGUGAACAAGGGGGAACCUGCUCCUCUCCUCUGACAACGUUUUUGGAAGAAGGGGAGAAACCCUGUUCCUCGGCAAAGAUCAUGGAGGUCAACACAGAAUCUCAGGCUGUAUCGGUAACACAGGACAGGCUUUCAGUUUCACCUCUAGAGACCUCAGUUCAGGGUAAGGAGACCCCCGGAAGCUGCCCUGUGGAGGGAUGCACAGAGAUAUUCACUGGAAAACGGCGUUCUCUCCUCGGACAUAUUCUGGACGAUCACCGCGGCGACGCCAAACCCUUGGAAACGACGUUCCGUCACGGGAAUGGCAAAUGCAAUAUUUGCCAGAAACAUGUUUUGACUUUGCAGCAUUACCAGCACCACAUUUUAUGGCACAAAGGAAUUCCCAGGCAUCCCUGUCUACAUGAUGGAUGUAAAGCCCGGUUCAGUGCAGCGACAGAAAUGAGGAACCACGCGAAGACCCAUCAGCCGCUCCUGGCAGUGUGCUGCUUCCCAGGUUGUCGGGAGCGCUUGGCUUGUCUUCCGGAGCUGAACCGCCACGAACAAGAACACUAUCGUCUUCCAAAGGAAGGGAAGGAUGAAUCCGUUUCCUCUACCCUUGUCACCAAUACCACCUCUGUUAACGUGAUUAAACCGCGUAAGACGGGGAGGAAUAAGCUACAGGAGAUGCAGGGUGUAAAGAGACGAUGGCCUCUUAGAGAAAAGGAGGGAUCGGCAACGGACCUCACUACUACUGUAAAGGUAACCAGGAAGUAUGACUUGACCAACACGUUAAAGAGAACGCAGGUCGUAAAGAAACGGCAUGUUCAUGGAGAUCCUCGUACUACUGACCCCUCUACCGUCUCUGUAAAGGUAACAAAUACGUUGAGGAAAUUGCGGGCUAAGAGGAAACCGUGUGUUGGUAAGAAAAUGGACGCUCCAACCACUCCCGUCACCACGUCCAAUGAAAAAGCGGAGCAAGCGAGCAAGAAGUUAAAGAUGAUUCAUAAGGUGAAGAAAGCGUGGGAUGUAAAGAGACAGAACGUUAGCGAAGACGAUUAUACCCCAACUGGUCCAACCACCUCCACCACCACUACCGCCACUGAAAAAGUUACCAAAAAGCUAAAAAUCAUAAACAAGUUGAAGAAAAUGCGAGUGAUUAAGAAACCGAACGUUAGCAAAGAAAAGGAUACCCAACUGGAUCCAGCCACCGACACAAAAGUGACAGAAAAGUUAAAGAAAACGCAACUUGUGAAGAAACCGAGUGUUGGAAAAGACCCCAGGAAGAUGUCAAACGUUAGCACAGACGAGGACAACCCCCCCCAACCUGUUCCUCCCACCGUCACGCCGAAAGUCACCGAGAAGUUACCCGUGGUGACCGAGAAGUUAAAGAAAACACAAGUUCUAAAGAAACAAAGAGUUAUCAAGGAACCCAAGAGGCCCGUUAGCAAAGAACCCAGGAAGACCUCCAGAAAACCUGUGAAGUCCAAGACCUCUGGUCCAGAGAAACAUGUUCAUGAAGUCACAGAAGUGGUAGGAAGUAAAUCAAAGGAAGAAGAUGAUAAACCGUUGGUGGAAACAUCAGACUCAUCAACAGCUAGCGAUGUCUGUGACCAGAAGAUGGUUAACGGACACGUAAAGGACCUCCCUAAAGAAUCGCCAAAAUACCAGAGGAGUCUUAAAACAAGUACAGUUUCCAAAUCCAAGAAAUGUGACCCACGAAACCAUAAACCUGCUACUCCCAAACCCCCUACAAAUACUCCCAAACCCCCUACAAAUACUCCCCAACCCCCUAUCAAGGAGGAAGCGAAAAACUCAACUUUCUUUGGGAAGAUUAACAACAGGCCAUACAUCCGGCCGCCACCCACGGCUUACCUAGACGAGCGGUACACCACCAUGCCAAAACGCAGGAAAGAGAUGUCCUGGACCCCUCGCUUCUCUCCGACGCGCCCGGACCUCGUGGUGGAGGCGUCGGGGACCACGGCGACACCGUCCGUCCGUAGGCAGCGCUGCGCCAAGUGUUUCUUGUCCUUCGACAGUGGAGAAGAGUUGCAGACGCACGUCUCGCUGAAGAAGUGCGCAACCCUUUUCGGCUUCGACUCAGACGAGGACAGUAGCUCGUGAAAGCUGAUAGACAAGAGGACAUGUUUGGAUGUGCUGCUCGGGAAGGGGGGGUGUGGGGGCUGUUGAACCCCCCCUCCAAAACCUGCUAGGAGUGUUGAACCCCUUUCGACCCUGCUACCUCACUGAGGGGCGACCAGGGUUUACAGGACUCUGACAUGACUUGCUGGCUAGUCUGGGACAGCCGUGCCAGGCCUCCCCUUGUGACUGAGGCUGGCAAUCUGAGGCGGCUACAACAGGAGACGCCUCUCAACCCUGCUCCCCUUUUAUUAUUGAAGAGGAUUCCUAAAGCGUUAACUCUUUUUUUUUUUACAUGACUUGCUGACUAGCCUGGGAUGUGACUGAAGUUGGCCCGGUUGGCUACAGCAGAAGACGGAGAACAGUAAAAGGGUUGUGACCAUUUCUUCCAUGUUCUGUCUCCCAUGGUCAUAGGAGUGACCUUUGAACCCUGACCUCAAAUCCACAAAGUUCAAAGGGGUCUUUUGGGCUGACCGAUUUUUUUUUUGAUUCGUCGACCAGGAAGCGUCUCUAAACUAAAGCCUUGAAGGACUUAUGAGGCGGACGCUAUGAGGCCUGGCCUGGAUAGUUAAUAUAUUCUUAGUUUUUUUUAUUUGUUUUCGACCGUAUUUACUUUGGACUGAAGAAGUGCCUGGAAUCCAACCUGCCACUUCCUGCUUCUCUUCUAUUGGUCAAUGGUCCAGGGGUUUCCUCCCAAUUUGGCAUCUUAUUCCCUCUAUAGUUGCACUACCCUAUGUGAGCCCUGGUCAAAAGCAGUGUACUAUUAAAAGGGAAUCAUUUGGGCCACGGAGACUCGUUGCCGGGGUCAAGGAGUGACUCUUGAAGAUGUGAGAACUGAUGUUAUGCAGGGAUGUUAACUAUACAAAAUGUUCAAAUAUUUAACACACUAAAAAAAAAUUUUUUUAUUGCUCAUUGCUUUGCACUUGUCACUUAAACCCAAAACCCCCCUAGUGAGUUUAACAGUCAAACUGCCAAGGGGGAAAGAGGCUCCUAAACCCCCCUAGUGAGUUUAACAGUCAAACUGCCAAGGGGGAAAGAGGCUCCUAAACCCCCCUAGUGAGUUUAACAGGCAAACUGCCAGGGGGAACGAGGCUCCUAAACCCCCCUAGUGAGUUUAACAGUCAAACUGCCAGGGGGAAAGAGGCUCCUAAACCCCCCUAGUGAGUUUAACAGUCAAACUGCCAGGGGGAAAGAGGCUCCUAAACCCCCCUAGUGAGUUUAACAGGCAAACUGCCAGGGGGAACGAGGCUCCUAAACCCCCCUAGUGAGUUUAACAGUCAAACUGCCAAGGGGGAAAGAGGCUCCAAAACCUCUUCUAUGGAUUAUAGGUCUACGGCCCACAAUGCAACAACGUGUAUAUUUAAAUAUCGUGUUGUUAGGCAACCGGUAACUGUCCAAAUAAAGGAAACCCUUGAGUAAAUGAGGGGAUACAGAAGUUUUGUAUAUGUGUGGGGUGCCAUUUUCCAGGCAUGGUCCAGGUCCACUUGUAGAAUUUAUGCCAAGGUGCAUUGAAGCUGUUCUGGCAGCUCGUGGUGACACGACACCUAUUUAAGACAUUUAUGUAGGUGUUUCCUUUAUUUUGGCAAUUACAUGUAUUUGAUCAAAUUUUAACCAGUUAUUAUGAUUUAUUUUUAUUUUUUUUACUAUUGAUCCUCUGUGACUAAAUUCUGUUCAUUGAGAGCAUGCUCCUGUGAUUGGAUAUUUUUUUUACAACUCAAUAUUAUUUUAUAUAUAUAUAUUUUUUUGCCUCUUGGGCCCCAUAUGGGCUUGGGGUCCAGCCCCUGACUCACACCAAUUGACCCUUCACAUUUAUUUAUUAUGCAGUUUAUUUUAUUAAAUCAGUUGACCAAUCAAGGCAGGGCCCCGCCCAGUUACCCAAUCAAGGCAGGGCCCCGCCCAGUUACCCACGUGGAUGCCCCUGCCUCCUCUUCUCUCCCCCUGUCUGAUAAUUAGCAGAGCGGCAGCAGGUUGUCUAAAACUCAUUGACAGCGGGCUCCUGAUUCCUCCUGUGGUUGGCGGUUGCAGUAAAAUAAAUAAAAAUAUCUCUAUCUAAUAUAUACUGUAUAGAAGUGUCUUGGGCCCCCCCCCCCCCACCUCCCCCACAGGCCUGGGCCUAGGGGCUUCAGCCCCGGUAAGCCCCUGCAUUAAUCCGGCCCUGUAUGUAGGGAACAGGUUGCCAUUUGAGACCAUUGUGUCUGCAAUGUGUCUUUCAUUUCCAUAUUACCGCUUAAAUUUACUAUAAUACAAACAACAUGUUAGCCAUCAUGGCUAAACAACAACAACAUCAACAACCUGUUUGAACAUAUUAGCCAUCAGGACUAAACAACAACAACAACCUGUUUGAAGCCAUCAGGACUCAACAACAACAACAACAACAACCCGUUUGAAGCCAUCAGGACUAAACAACAACAACAACAACAACCCGUUUGAAGCCAUCAGGACUAAACAACAACCUGUUUGAAGCCAUCAGGACUAAACAACAACCUGUUUGAAGCCAUCAGGACUCAACAACAACAACAACAACAACCUGUUUGAAGCCAUCAGGACUCAACAACAACAACAUCAACAACCUGUUUGAAGCCAUCAGGACUAAACAUCAUUCCAUAUUUAAAAUGGACUCUUCAUCUUUUCUUUCUGUAAUGUAAUCCAUAUUAUAGUUUAAUGCACAUUUUAAGUUUCCCUCUUUGUAUAUCUGUCUGGGAUGAGUUGACGCGAUGUCAGUCGGUCUCCACACAACCAGAACUACGCUGUCAGCUGUUGUUCAAUGUAUGUCCCUGUCCCAAACGGUUCCUUGUGUACUACUUGGGACCAGGGGCCCCAUUUGGGUUAACUAUAAGGAAUAGGCCAGGGGCCCUAUUUGGGUUAACUAUAAGGAAUAGGCCAGGGGCCCCAUUUGGGUUAACUAUAAGGAAUAGGCCAGGGGCCCCAUUUGGGUUAACUAUAAGGAAUAGGCCAGGGGGCCCAUUUGGGUUAACUAUAAGGAAUAGGCCAGGGGCCCCAUUUGGGUUAACUAUAAGGAAUAGGCCAGGGGCCCCAUUUGGGUUAACUUUAAGGAAUAGGCCCGGGGGCCCAUUUGGGUUAACUAUAAGGAAUAGGCCAGGGGCCCCAUUUGGGUUAACUAUAAGGAAUAGACCAGGGUGCCACUUGGGACUCAUAUUUUAUAAAAAGAGGUUAGGAACUUGUUACGUGUAUUAAUCUGACCCAUCUGUCCCCAACCAACAACGCUGCGUUCAGAAACCAGUGUAUUGAUAUUGUCUAUUGCUCAACACAUGGACGAGACUAAACGCUUCUAUGAGCUUCUGACAUCACUUCCUUUUUUUUUUUUUUUUUAAAGAUGAAUCUAUUGUGAUGUCAGCGAGGCGGCAGCCCACCGGGCGGUGACUGACUGUUCUACUGAACCCAACAGAACAGUGGCAGCAGGUGUAAUGUAUUAUUCACAUGGGGUUUUUCUAUUUGGCUCCUGUAAAUAUGUGAAGAGUUCAAAUGGCUUAUUAUUUACUGGGUGUUUUGAAACGGGUUUAUUAUAUAUCAUCAAGUUCUUGGUGUAAAAUAAUAAAAACACAUGUUAUUAAACUGGUA